AUGGCAAUCUCAACGACCAUGACGAUAAUAAUGCUCGUAUCCGUCCUAGUCCUGUCGCUAUUCCGCACAGCCAACGCCUCCCCCGCACAAAUCGUCCUCUCUGGCACCACUCGGUCCAAUCCCUCGCUGGAUUCCUGGCUCCUCGCGGAGAUUCCUGAAGCGCUGGACGGCGUCCUGAAUAAUAUCGGCGCAGAUGGGGCCAAAGCGACCGGAGCUCGCUCGGGGUCCGUCGUUGCCAGCCCCAAUACGAAGGAUCCAAACUAUUACUACACCUGGACGCGUGACGCCGCGCUAACGGCGCGCUGUCUCGUGGAUAUUGUCGUCUCCUCCGCCGAUCCAACGCUGCAAUCUGCCGUGCAGGACUAUAUCUCCUUCCAAGCAGAUUUACAGGCCGUGUCGAAUCCGUCCGGGGGCCUGCUCUCGGGGGGCCUCGGUGAGCCCAAGUUCAACGUUGAUGGUUCGGCCUUCACGGACUCGUGGGGCCGACCGCAGCGAGAUGGUCCCGCAUUGCGUGCGAUGACUUUGAUGGCUUAUUCGAACUGGUUGAUUGAUCGCAAUCAAUCGUCCCUAGCGCAGACCAUCUGGCCCAUCAUCCGGAACGAUCUCUCGUAUGUCUCGGAGUACUGGAACUCCUCCACCUACGAUCUAUGGGAAGAGCAAAACGGCUCAUCAUUCUUCACCUCCGCUGUGCAAUACCGCGCUUUGAGUGACGGCGCCUCCCUCGCCGAUCGUCUCAACCUCUCCUGUCCAAACUGUCUCUCUCAAGCCCCUCAAACCCUCUGCUUCUUGCAAUAUUUCUGGUCCCCUUCCGACGCUUUUAUCCUCUCAAACCUCUCUCCUACCGCUUCUCCCGGCCCUAAUGUCACAAGUCCCCGAUCCGGAAAAGAUAUUAAUUCCAUCCUCGCCUCCAUCCACACGUUCAACCCAACCUCCCCAUGCGACGACACCACCUUCCAGCCCUGCUCCAGUCGAGCCCUCGCCAACCUCAAAUCCGUCGUCGAUGCGUUCCGGCCCUUAUACGAUAUUAACAGGGGUAUUCCGUCCUCCCAUGCCAUCGCUUUGGGUCGAUACCCGGAAGAUGUCUACCAGGGCGGUCAUCCCUGGUAUUUAUGUACCCUUGCCGCGGCGCAGUUGCUCUACCAGGCCGUGUCGCAGUGGAAGUAUCUGGGUUUUGUAACGAUCGAGCGGACUAGUUUGGCGUUCUUUAGGGAUGUGUAUCCCUCGGCGAGGGUGGGGUCGUACCCGUCUUCUGAGAGGGUGUAUGCGGAGAUUCUUGAUGCGGUGAUGGUUCUGGGCGAUGGGUAUUUGGGUGUUGUGCAAAAAUACACCCCAUCCAACGGCGCCCUAGCAGAACAGUUCUCUCGUGACUCCGGCGCUCCGGUCUCAGCUACAGAUCUAACCUGGUCGUAUGUAUCCUUAUUGACGGCUGAAAAGGCACGACGAGACGCCUCCUCUGCGCCUGCUACAGCCAAUCCAAGACCACUAGGUACGCUCCCAUCCUCACCGUCGUCAUCUCUCCCCGCAGAAUGUCACCCCACGUCCGAAAAAGGAAUCUAUUCUACCGUCGGACCCAUCGAGUGGCCCCCGUUACGCUGCGCCACCCCUGCCUCAGUGUCGGUAAGAUUCAAUGUGCGCGUGACCACGGUCGUAGGCGAGGACGUGUUCCUGGUGGGGUCGGUGACGCAGCUGGGCGAGUGGGAUGUAAAUCGCGCGGUGCCGUUGGAUGCUCAUCAGUAUGGCGUGGUGUCGUUGUGGUUUACAAGGGUGAGUCUGCCGGUGGGUAUGGAGCUGGAGUAUAAGUUUUUCAUGAGGGUGGGGGGUAAGGUCGUCUGGGAGAGUGGGUUGAAUCGGGAACUACAGGUUCGAGAGAGCUGUAAGAAUGUAUCGAUGAAUGCUGUCUGGAGGGACUGA